CGACGAUCUGAUCUAUGAACGUCAAGGAAAUUAUUUCUUACAACGUAUCUACGUUACUUGGUUUAUAUAUGCGCCCCAUCUAUUCCCGUAGACAGCACUGGCUUCACCCAUACCACCAAGGAUGCGUGAAACGCUAUUUAUUUAAAGUGUACUGUCAUGUCCCUCUGGUAGCUACUCAGCCAUCUCAAAUGUAAUCCUAUCCCAGAUUAAACUCCGCGUGAAUAUGUGUAUAUAAUAAUAAAACCUGUCACUACAAACGUGCAGACUUAUAUAGAUUCACACCAUGUAUGAUUCGUAGAUAACAUACGUGAUACCCAUAGCCGUACAGCUAUCACCAACAUACAAUAACGAAAAGAAACCACUUGGCGAUGUGAGCGAGGGUACAAAAUCGACUAUUGUUCCGGUUAGCGAAAUUUUACGAACCCGCAUCAAGCGUGGACUGUCCGCCCGCCAUGCGCAGUUCAUCGCGUGGAGCGCAUCCAUCGGCACCGGCAUCCUUAUUACCAUUGACAAAACUCUCGCUAUCGGUGGUCCUGCAUUUCUUGUAGGCAGCUACUGUCUCAUGUCGCUACUCACAUACUUUGUUUUGACGUCUAUUACAGAAAUGGCCGCAUUUAUGCCUGUCCGAGGCGCAUCCAUGAGCUACGAGGCGCAGCGCUUUGUCUCUCCGAGUCUAGGCUUCGCCAUGGGCUGGUUAUAUGUUUACGCCUAUGCUAUUAUCAUCCCCUUUGAGCUGACUGCAGUGACUCUACAAAUUCAGUUCUGGAAUACUAGCGUCAACAUGGGCGUAUGGAAUACUCUUGCGCUAGUUGUGGUUGUGGUGAUCAACGUGCUCUCUGUCCGUGUGUAUGGCGACUCUGAGACUGUCUUUGCCGGUAUGAAGCAGUUGACCAUCUUUGGCCUCCUUAUCCUGUCUGUGGUACUCUUCUGGGGCGGCGGCCCUACCCACGACCGGAUCGCGUUUCGAUACUGGGAGACGCCUGGUGCAACCAAGACCAUGUUGGCCGACGGUGACUCGGGCCGCUUCAUAGCCGCGCUGUCGUCACUUAUCGCAAGCGUGUUGCCUUUUACAUUUACCGCCGAGAUGAUGGCAACAACAGCGGGUGAGGUUCAAACGCCCCGCAAGACGAUUCCUAAAAUGCAGUUGCAUUUCGUACUUCGACUGUUUCUCUUUUUUAUCGGAUCAGCGUUGAGCACGUCGAUUAUUUGCCCUCAUGAUAAUGAAAACCUUCUCGGUGGUGGUGUUGCUGCAUCGCCGUGGAUCAUCGGCCUGAGGCUAGCUGGCACCAACACACUCGAUGUUGUGCUGAGUGUUGCAUUCAUCUUAGCUACUAUCUCCGCGGCCAAUACUGUCGACUUCUUAUCGAGCCGGUGCCUGCAGGCUUUGGCCAUGGAAGGCAAUGCACCAAGCAUUUUUAAGCGAUGCAAUGCCCAAGGAACCCCCAUCUAUGCCGUCGCUGCCGUAUCGAUGGUUGGGCUGCUAGUAUAUCUUAAUCUCAGCGCCGGAGGAGAAAACGUGUUUAACUGGCUGAUCAAUCUCGUCAAUAUGGGUGGCUUUCUUUCCUGGUGCGGUUCAUCGAUUGUAUACCUACGUUUCGAUAAAGCUUGCAACAUACAAAGCGUCGUAACCACAAAACUAGCCAAGCGAUCUUUUCUUCAGCCAUAUGCGUCAUGGUUUGCUCUUGUUACAUUUGCCCUGCUCGGUCUGCUAAACGGAUUUACGGUCUUUUUCCCCUCGGAGGGGUCCGCUACCAACUUUUUGUCGGCCUAUCUUGGCCUCCCAGUAUUUUUGGCCUGCUAUUUUAUACAUUAAUUCAAAAAUCGCGCCGAUCCGUGGGCAAUUCCACUGGAGUGCGUAGAUCUAUCGGCAGAUCCAAUGGAGAUCGAAGAGGAUGAUAUAAAAGACGAAUAAAAACGCAUGGUAUUCCAACUCCACCGUAGCUUGUAUAUAAUUUUACAUAUAUAUCAUGAAUAUAAAGCGUAU